AUGGAUUAUUUGUUUUCAUANAUAGAAAACCCAAAAUCUACCAAUAGUGAGACAUCUGAGAAACUCGGUUCAAAGGAAACGACCCUCGCAUUAGAUCAUUCAGAGGAGACAACAUUAGAUGAUAACGAUGCAGUAGUGGAGGAAAUCGAAAGCGAAAGUGAAAUGGACCAGAGAAUAAGCCUUCUCAGUAGUUCUAUCUCAGGGAUCAUAGCAAAAGCUACAGAUGAUACGUGUUUGUAUGAUUUAGGACGGGUCGAAGGGUCGGCGGAAUUCAAUUGUUCCUCUCAUGAAACAAUCACUGCUUCUCAAUUUGUGAGUCGUGACAUCGCGUCCUUUGAGGACGAUUCUAAAGUGUCAGAGAUUAAGAGUACUCAUUUGAGUACUCAUUUGAGUGACUCCUCUUUAUUUUCUGGUUCCUUAAAACGUGAAACUGAAGGUAUUCGUCACGAAAAUCGAUCCUCGAUAGAAGUCAACACCUCACAUAAAAAUACUCAACAAUAUAAAGUAACUUACGUGGGAGCUAGCUCUGACAAUAAAUCUGAAAGCAAACUGAUAAACAGCAGCAAUGACUUCACCGUGAAAAUAGACGGCAUCAUAAACAAAACGGCACAUUUGCCCCCGGUAAAAGAAAGUAAAACUGAGGCGCCUGAAGGUGAUGACUUGGACACAACAGACCCAUUACUACAGGUUAAACAAAUCCUGUUGGAGAGUGGACGGUUGAAUCCCCCCAAGCCGGCCCCUCACUUAUCGUUCCUCUCCGUACCAGACCCCGAUGAGUUCAUCGGCUUCAAUCUCUCGGUACGUUCCAGAAGCAACAGCAGAGGAUCUGCGUGUAGUGAGUACGAACCGGUCACCUCCUUCAACAUCACAGAAGAGGCGUUCGACGCUGCGUCUCUUGAACUGGAUUGCAACUCCGAGAGCGGGUCCGUUAGUAACCUGUCCGAGACCGACAGUGUCAACAGCAGCAGCGCCCUCUAUCAAAGCGGGGAGUGCGUGGGUGGUAACAAUAAGAACCUGAGACGCAAUAAGAACUUCAGCGGCUUAACUAUAGACGUCCCUGACAUCUGGAGCUCGGACGAUGAAGAGCCGAAGCGGAGUCGGUUCGACGAUGAUUUCAAUUCGGAUGAGGACAACGAGGAUAAUAAUGAGGAUGAGAUUGAGGAAAACAGGAUGCCGAGCCCGCUGAUGUCGCCCGGAUUCGCCCCAAGUGAAUUUUGGACCAAGGCUAUUACGGACUUUGAGAUGAAGCACGGGAAUUUAGAUCAGUACACCUCCAUGAGUUCUCUGACGAGUACUCACUCUCGCAGAUCCUCGAUUGGGAAUCUGGAGCAGUAUUCAUCAAUGACGUCACUGUGCAGUAGCACUCCACGACGUUCAGCUUCCAAGACGAUCCGAUCCAAGCUUCGGUCGGGAAGUUUGAGAAGUUCCACGGAAUCCCUUCACAGUGCGAGUUCCUGCGAAUCUUUAAACGGCAGUAAUCACAGUUUAGAUGUCAAUGAGAACUUUGAGCGGCCUCGACUUGGCAGCUUUACCAGGUCUGUCGUCCAUUCCAUCCCGAAAUUGGUCGUAGAACCUCCAGAGGCCGAGUCUGACGACGAAAGCGACAAUAGCCUCGGCAACUCUGAAAUUGCUAGUAACAGUAGUAGAAACGGUUCCAAUUUACCAGGGGCAAGAAUAUCGCCAAUAUCCUUAGAAAAUUAUAACCUGAACCGCUACGACAAGGACGCGGACAACGACCUUGACAGGUUAAAGAUGAUGACAACCAGAAUGAGACUGCAGACCAGGCGGCCCAGCUAUCAGGAGUGGCGAGAGGAGUACAUCGAGAAGCCUCUCCUCGUGCACCUGCGCCAGCGAAAGGAUUCCUCCUCGUUACAGGACGAAGGGAUCACGGAUGAGAAGGACCGCAGAGAAGAGAUUGAUAAGGCUAUUGAGUGGCUGAGGAAAGAGCUGAUGGACAUGAAAAAUCUCGACCAAGAGCUGGCCCGCAAGCUGAUCACCAUACAACACGAUAUACGUCAUCUCAAGCUGGCCAAGAGCUGUGACGAGCACCAAGAACUCCUUGAUGACGUCAGAGAGGAGCUGGAAGACCGCGACCAAGAUAGAACCUCUCCGCUGUACGAGUUUCCACUCCUCAGGAUAAACGACACCCCUCUCGGUCAAGUGGGGGUUACUAGAAUGAACCUUAGUAGGCGACGAUUUUCAUGUUGCUGAGGACAGUGAAUAAAUUGUUGAUGGCGAAUGUUAGCUGUGAGAUAUGAAAAAAAAAACUAUUCUGUUUCCGGUCUUCAUUAUGAUCUGGACACGUUUAAUUAAAUUAUAAAAAGUACUUGUGAUAUAUUUCAAUAGAGACGCGCAAUGCUGGUCACUACGAAAAAUACGAAUGCCUUAAAGUUUCAUUUAGACUAUAAAAUGUGCUGGACACAUAUCGUAAGAAUGUGAGUUCGUGUUUCAAAUAUUUUU